UCGGGCUCCGCGCCCCGCGCUCGUUUGAACAAAUGGAAACGUGCCCGGGCUGGAAAGGGUUAAACGCUAGCUUUAAAUAUUCAUGUCAUUGUUUUAAAGGUGUAAACAUGUGGCUUCUGGGUCGGUGUAGACCCGGGUCUUAUUUUGCCCCUUUUACGUCCCACCCCGCUUUGUGUAAUUACUCCAAAUUUCCCCAAGCGCCCCCUCCCCCUCCCCAGCCCCGCCACAAAUGUGAGAAUUUGUUCUUCUUUGAGGUCGGGGUGUGAGUCUGUGAUUCGCGUCCCUCGUUCCAUUUGGAAUUUUAAAACUCCUGAGCGCCUUCGUGAUCGAAGGUGUUUUAAACUUUUUCCCCCUCAAAACUCUGGGAAAGUCAGUCCCCCCCAAUUCGCCUCCCCACUUUUUGAGGGUGGGGAGAGGAAUAGGGCUUGGAAGUAGGAAAAUAACUGGAUGCCUCGUGGAUCUGUCACGAACUCAGCCAACCAGGAGAGGGAGGGGAGGGGCUGAGCUGUGAGGAGUGGGCCCAAGAACCAUGUCUACGCGGGAGUCCUUUAACCCGGAGAGUUAUGAGUUGGACAAGAGCUUCCGGCUAACCAGAUUCACCGAGCUGAAGGGCACGGGCUGCAAGGUGCCCCAAGAUGUCCUGCAGAAAUUGCUGGAACCCUUGCAAGAGAACCACUUCCAAGAAGAUGAGCAGUUUCUCGGAGCUGUUAUGCCGAGGCUUGGCAUCGGAAUGGAUACUUGCGUCAUUCCUCUGAGGCACGGCGGUCUUUCCUUGGUUCAAACCACGGAUUACAUUUACCCUAUCGUAGACGACCCCUACAUGAUGGGCAGGAUAGCAUGUGCCAAUGUCCUCAGCGACCUCUACGCGAUGGGGGUCACAGAAUGUGACAAUAUGCUGAUGCUCCUUGGAGUCAGUAAUAAAAUGACCGACAGGGAAAGGGAUAAAGUGAUGCCCCUGAUUAUACAGGGUUUUAAAGACGCAGCAGAGGAAGCAGGAACAUCUGUAACAGGUGGCCAAACAGUAUUGAACCCCUGGAUUGUUCUGGGAGGAGUUGCUACAACUGUCUGCCAGCCAAAUGAAUUUAUCAUGCCAGAUAACGCAGUGCCAGGGGACGUGCUGGUGUUGACGAAACCCCUGGGGACACAGGUCGCUGUCGCUGUGCACCAGUGGCUGGAUAUCCCUGAAAAAUGGAAUAAAAUUAAACUAGUGGUCACCCAAGAAGACGUGGAGUUGGCCUACCAAGAGGCGAUGAUGAACAUGGCAAGACUCAACAGGACAGCCGCAGGACUCAUGCACACGUUCAAUGCCCACGCGGCCACCGACAUCACAGGCUUCGGGAUCUUGGGCCACGCGCAGAACCUGGCCAAGCAGCAGCGGAACGAGGUGUCGUUUGUGAUUCACAACCUUCCCGUGCUGGCCAAGAUGGCCGCGGUGAGCAAGGCCUGCGGGAACAUGUUCGGCCUCAUGCACGGGACCUGCCCGGAGACGUCAGGAGGCCUUCUGAUCUGUUUACCACGAGAGCAAGCAGCUCGGUUCUGUGCAGAGAUAAAGUCCCCCAAAUACGGCGAAGGUCACCAAGCAUGGAUUAUUGGGAUUGUAGAGAAGGGCAACCGCACAGCCAGGAUCAUAGACAAACCCCGGAUCAUCGAAGUCGCACCGCAAGUGGCCACUCAAAAUGUGAAUCCCACACCCGGGGCCACCUCUUAAUCUAGACAGAAAUAGCUGUUUGGUUUUGUUUUUAAAUAGAUCUAUUUCCUUUAUCAUCACUUCAAUUAAAGACUAUAAACAACAAAAAUCUCAUUGUGUCUACACAUCUGGUGACCUUAGGUCGAUUUGUGAGUGGAUACAAUUAAUAAAAUAAAAUCCAUUGCCUUUUUUUCCUGUUACAUUAACUGAAGAUGCACCUAAUCUUGAGGCAGCUUCUGAGUUGAGAAUUAUAUUGUUAUCCAAUACUGUUGAUUCAUUUUGAAUCUUUAGACACUUAUCUCUUGCCGCAUAGGCUCUUUUUAAAGGUGCUUUCACAUAGCACAGACAUUACCAAUAGUAGUGUCAAAUAGCAGUUUGUGUCUUUUCAUUUUAUGUAUAUUUAUCAUAUAAGUCUGAUCUUUUUUUUAAGUGUCUUGAAUGGUGUUCUGGAAAGACAGCAUUGGUAAGUGGCACACAACAGUAUCCCAGUAGUAAGAGGGUUGCAUGAUUCCUUUGAGUCUUUGAUUUGUAAAGCCUGAUCUUGUCAUUCGAGAGCAUCUCGGACCCAGGACAUUGUCCAGUAGUGCAUUCAGUUCCACAAGGCAAGUGCUUCACGCUGCAUGGAAAGCACUUGGAAGACAAAAAAGAAAUCCUAUUUCUUUUUUUGUAGCCUUCCUGAUAUUUACAGUAAUACCAUUAACUGUUUUCUUUGAUAGCAAAAAAAGGAUACUUUUUGCAAUGAUACUAUACUGUUCUAUAGUGCAAGAAGGAAUUGCCUUCCAAAAGGGGGUUCAUGUAUAAUACUCAUUUACAAUUCAAUAUAUAAUUACGCAAAUAAUUUUUAAAUAUACUCAAUAAUAAAGACUGUUCUGUGGAUGGUAGUGUUUAAUACAUUUUAUAUUUUGUAUAGUAAUUUCAAGCCUUUUGUUUUCUUAAAAUCAGCAGCUAUUUAGCCGAAUUCUUAGCAUUAUUUUGUCCUUUGCGCCAGUAUUUUUUGUGCACGCUUUUUGUGAUCUGUGUUAAAAAUCUGCAUUGCCAACAUUGCAGCUUGAACUUAAAACUUGUUAUUCAAAUAAAUAUUUAAUUUUUUUAAUUGCUCUUGUA